UUUUAAGGCCCAACCCAAUACUCCAAGCCAUAAACAGGCUAACUUUACCCCCAACAAGAAAAGCCCACGAGGGUGAUAGCGUAACUUCAAUAUACCACCGUAGCUUCUCGAAACCAAUUGAGAACCCUCGUCGCAACCCCCAAAUCACCUCCCUCACGCUGCUCCUCCUCCGCCACCGGCCGCACUUUUUUUCCCGGCGCCGGAAAAUUCCCAUCCGAUCACCGAUUGUUCACAGGAAAUUUCUGAUCUACAGAUCUGAAAAAGGAGGAAAAAAUGCCUCCCAAGCAGCAAUCGAAGGCGGAUUUAGCGAAGAAGCAGAAGGUAGUCGAGGACAAAACAUUUGGAUUGAAGAACAAGAACAAGUCGAAGAAUGUUCAGAAAUACGUACAGUCGCUCAAGCAGUCGGUGCAGCCCAAAGCCGACCCGAGCAAGCUCAAUGCCCAGAAGAAAAAAGAGGAGGAGAAGGCUAGAGAGAAGGAACUACAGGAGCUGUUUAAAGUUGCCGUAAAACAACCUAAAGUUCCUGUUGGUGUUGAUCCAAAGUCGAUUGUAUGCGAGCAUUUUAAGGUUGGGCAAUGUGCGAAAGGGUUUAAGUGCAAAUUUUCUCAUGACCUGAAUGUGCAGAGGAAAGGAGAGAAGAUAGAUAUCUAUAGUGAUAAGCGUGAUCAAGAACAAGAAACUAUGGAGGAUUGGGAUCAAGAGACAUUGGAGAAAGUUGUUGCGUCCAAGAGCGAUGAGUACAACAAGAACAAGCCUACUGAUAUAGUAAGACAUAUUUCAUCUGCUGGCUAUGUUAUUAAGCUAUCUCCUGGGUUUGGUCACUGCAAGGUGAUGAUAUGCUUAGUAGGAGCCUUGUUUAAAAAACAAAAUGAAAUUGAAGAAAUGCGUAAAUUCGAGGUUCACUAUCCUGAAUUUAGGGCUGAUGUUGCUGCAACAGUAAAUGUGCGCAAAGUUAUCAGCAUAUCUGGGGAAGGGAAGGUGUGUAAAUACUUUCUGGAAGCAGUUGAGAAGAAGCAGUACGGUUGGUUCUGGGUCUGUCCAAAUGGUGGCAAAGAAUGUCACUACAGACAUGCUCUUCCCCCUGGAUAUGUUUUAAAAUCUCAGAUGAAAGCUCUUCUAGAGGAGGAAAGUGAGAAGAUAUCCAUCGAGGAGGAGAUAGAAAACCAGCGUGCAAAGGUGACUACCACAACGCCUAUGACUCCUGAGUUAUUCAUGCAAUGGAGGAAGAAAAAGAUGGAGGAGAGGGAAGCUGGCCUGGCUGCACAGAGGGCUGAGAGAGCUAAGAACGACCGCAUGAGGCAACUGUUUCUAUCAGACGCCAGCUUGUUUGUUGAUGAUGCUGAAGCUUAUGAUAAAUAUCAAAGAGAAGAAGAACCAGAUGUUGAUCAAAAGAACGACACUACAAAUCAAAGAGCCAGGUGGCAACGUGUGAAUGGUUAUGGCUUGGAUUCAAAAUCUCAGCACAUUUUUGACUCAGGGUGGUGUUUGUGCUUUGAAACUUUCGAUGGUGAGAGGACUUUUUAUGCCCAGUGGCAGUGGUGGUAUUUUUAUAGCAAAGUCUUUUAUGAUUCUCAGCUGUGCAAAAUGGGUUAUUGUCCUUUACUUCUGGAUUUGGGUGGGAGUUUCAUCAGAUUCGACCUCUCGGUUCUUUUGAUUGGGUCGAUUUCUUCUGACAAUGGGUACUCGGAACGUUUUGGGUUCCAACUCACGUAUUUGUCGGGCGAGAAAUUCGAGAACAAAGUCUUUUUUCCUUGCUUUUUGAAGCUCGACCAAGCUUUGUCCCAAUCCAUUGAGUACUUAUCACCUAUAUAUGAAGUGACAAAGGCCAAAAUGAGUUAA